AUGAUUUUCCCGGCUGCCCGCUGCGCGCGUUGGCGGCUGCCACGACCUGGAGCCCGCGCGUUGACCCGCGCCGCUUUGGAAAUGGCCUUCCGAGGGGCGCGGAGAGUCCUGUGCGUGGCGGAGAAAAACGACGCUGCCAAGGGCAUCGCCGAUCUGCUCUCCAACAGCCGGAUGAGGCGGAGGGAAGGACUUUCUAAAUUCAACAAAAUCUAUGAAUUUGAAUAUCACCUGUUCGGGCAGAAUGUUACCAUGGUAAUGACUUCAGUUUCUGGACACUUGCUGGCUCAUGACUUCCAAGUGCCGUUUCGAAAAUGGCAAAGUUGCAAUCCUCUUGUGCUCUUUGAAGCAGAAAUUGAAAAAUACUGCCCAGAGAAUUUUGUAGACAUCAAGAACACUCUGGAGCGAGAGGCGCGGCAGUGCCAGGCUCUGGUGAUCUGGACUGACUGCGAUAGAGAAGGGGAGAAUAUUGGAUUUGAGAUCAUCCACGUAUGCAAGGCUGUGAAGCCCAGCCUGCCAGUGCUGAGAGCCCGUUUCUCUGAGAUCACCCCACGUGCCAUCAGGGUGGCCUGUGAGAACCUGACAGAUCCCGACCAAAAAGUGAGCGAUGCUGUUGACGUGAGGCAGGAGCUGGACCUGCGGAUUGGCGCUGCCUUCACAAGAUUCCAGACCCUGAGGCUUCAGAAGAUAUUCCCAGAGGUGCUGGCGGAGCAGCUCGUCAGUUAUGGCAGCUGUCAGUUCCCAACGCUGGGCUUUGUGGUGGAGCGGUUCAAAGCCAUUCAGGCUUUUGUGCCAGAAACCUUCCACAGAAUUAAAGUGACGCACGAGCACGAGGAUGGCGCUGUAGAAUUCAACUGGAAAAGGCACCGGCUCUUUAACCACACAGCUUGUCUCGUCCUCUACCAGCUGUGUAUGGAGGAUCCUACAGCAACGGUGGUGGAUGUCCGCUCCAAGCCGAAGAGUAAGUGGAGGCCUCAAGCUCUAGACACCGUGGAGCUGGAGAAGCUGGCUUCACGCAAACUGAGAAUAAACGCGAAAGAAACCAUGAGGCUGGCCGAAAGACUCUACACUCAAGGGUACAUCAGCUAUCCUCGAACGGAAACAAAUAUCUUCCCCAAAGACCUCAACCUGAUGGUGCUGGUGGAGCAGCAGGUCCCAGAUCCUCGCUGGGGGGCCUUCGCCCAGAGCAUUCUAGAUCGGGGUGGCCCUACGCCCCGCAACGGGAAUAAGUCCGACCAAGCCCACCCUCCCAUUCACCCCACCAAAUACACCAGCAGCCUGCAGGGAGAUGAGCAGCGACUGUAUGAGUUCAUUGUUCGCCAUUUCCUCGCUUGCUGCUCCCAGGACGCCCAGGGGCAGGAGACGACAGUAGAGAUUGACAUCGCUCAGGAGCGCUUUGUGGCCCAUGGCCUCAUGGUUCUGGCCCGGAACUACCUGGACGUGUAUCCAUAUGAUCACUGGAGUGACAAGACGAUCCCUGUCUAUGAGAGAGGCUCCCGCUUCCAGCCCAGCACUGUGGAGAUGGUGGACGGGGAGACCAGCCCACCGCAGCUGCUCACCGAAGCCGACCUCAUUGCCCUCAUGGAAAAGCAUGGCAUUGGUACUGAUGCCACCCACGCAGAGCACAUUGAGACCAUUAAAGCCCGCAUGUACGUGGGGCUCACGGCAGACAAGCGGUUUCUCCCGGGGCACCUGGGAAUGGGGCUUGUGGAAGGCUACGAUUCCAUGGGCUAUCAGAUGUCUAAGCCGGACCUCCGGGCCGAGCUGGAAGCUGACCUGAAGCUGAUCUGUGAGGGCAAGAAGGACAAAUCUGUGGUUCUGAGACAGCAAGUCCAGAAAUACAAGCAGGUGUUCAUUGAGGCAGUGGCAAAAGCUAAGAAGCUGGACGAGGCCUUGUCCCAGUACUUUGGGGAAGGAGCCCAGCUGACCCAGCAGGAGGAGAUCUACCCUGCCAUGCCGGAACCCAUCAGGAAAUGCCCUCAGUGCAACAAGGACAUGGUGCUCAAGACCAGGAAGAAUGGCGGGUUCUAUCUCAGCUGCAUGGGGUUCCCCACCUGCCGGUCAGCCGUGUGGUUUCCUGACUUCGUCCUGGAAGCCAGCAGGGAUGAGAGUGUGUGCCCAGUGUGUCAGCCACAACCCAUAUACAGGUUAAAGCUGAAGUUCAAACGUGGCAGUGUUCCCGCGACCAUGCCACUGGAACUUGUCGGCUGCAUUGGUGGAUGUGAUGAGACCCUGAGGGAAGUCUUGGACCUGAGAUAUUCUGGAGGGGCCCCUCGAACUCUCCAGACGGCCAGCCAGCCCUCAGGCCACUUGCAAGCCAGUCAGUCCCUGAACAGAAUGGACAGAAGCCAGCACAGCCAACCCCAGGCUCCUAGUCACAGAUGGACUGGACCACCCAGGGCUCAAACCCAGGCCCUCCCACCACCCCCUGCUGCUGCUGCAAGCAACUCCGUGACCUGCAACUGUGGCCAAGAGGCCGUGCUGCUCACUGUGCGGAAGGAGGGCCCCAACCAAGGCCGCCAAUUCUACAAGUGCAACGGGGGCGGCUGCAACUUCUUCUUGUGGGCCGACAGCAGCCCACCGAGUGCAACAGAGCCGCCUUCCUCCUCUGUGAGAGCCCCUGGCAGCGCCCUGGGAAGUUCGCUGGGCUCGGGGAGCCACCUUGCUGGGCUGGGCAGACCUGGGAACGGUGGCAGUGGCGGCACCUCCUGCCUGUGCAGCCAGCCAGCCGUCACAAGGACUGUGCAGAAGGAUGGACCCAACAAAGGGCGCCUGUUCCACACGUGCUCCAAGCCCAGAGAGCAGCAGUGCGGCUUCUUCCAGUGGGCAGACGAGAACUCGGACCCAGGGACUACGGGAGCCACAGCCUGGCAAGGAGGCAGAGGGAAGGCCCAGGGGUCCGAGGCCAGAAGCAAAAGGCCCCGGGCCAGUUCUUCUACCACUGAGCUUAUGACAAAGAAGCCCCGGAAAUGCAGCCUUUGCCACCAACCUGGACACACCCGUCCCUUCUGUCCUCAGAACCAAUGACAGCCUGGUCAGUAGGGAGGACCCCCACUUCAUUGGCCCAGGGGCCACUCACUGCACUGGAAAUGGAAGGGGUACAUGGGUUUGGGAACCUGGCCCCCUGGUACGGGAGUGCCUUCUCACUGCUCCCAGGAAGUCUGCCUCUACUAUACAGUCACCCUCUGCUCAGGUGCAGGAAUGACCUGUGCACCUGCUGAGAAGUCCUGGGGAGCCUGAGACUAUGGGUGAGCAUGUAGGGGAAAGGCUGGAAGCUCAGGGCCCCCAGCUGCAGUUUCCCUGCUGUGGAAGGAGGGCAGAGGCAGGAGCUAGGUGCACAGCCUCAGUGCCUGGGGGCCACCAUUGUGCUCGCCUGUGCAAGCUCCUGGUACAAGCUCCAGUGGCCUGGCCUGGCCCUGUGUGCCCACCAGACACCCGGAAAGAGUAACGUGAUGCAUGGAUGCGGCUCCUCUUCUGAGCUGGUAUCGAUGGAGGACAUGGGCACCACUGCACUCACGGUGCCCGCAGUUCAAGUGCCUUUAAUGACAGACUCUUGUUCCUCGAUGAGCGUUGGUGCAGUGUCUGGGGACAUCUGCAGGAGCCAUGAGGCUAGACAGUGGCCAGUGCUGACCAGUCCCCUUUCUCUUUGCCCCUGUGCCAACGAUUCCACCUAGCUUCCUCCCGUCCCUCUUCCUAACCCGGGUGCCCCUCAGGGCAGAGAAUGAGCUGUGCAUUGCCCUGAUUCACUGCUGGUUGGUGAGGCACCUGGCACUGUUCUCAGGUCUGAUCAGGAGCUGCACCCUGGCUGCGCAUCAAGGUGGACAACUUUUUGAAUCUUCCCUCCCCUCCCACUGACGAAUCUGUUUUCUGUGUCUUAUGAAAUUGCCUAUUUUCUGAG